GUGAUGCGGCAUUUGUGAAAAACGCAAGACAUGUUAGCCGUAAUAUGACCAAACAUGCCUUUGCAAAAUGGAUAGCAUCGCUUAUUCCAAACGAAGCUCAGCCAAUGAAAUACUAUUCAUUAGACUUGACUGGCCAUGUACCUGAUCAUGGAACUUCACAUGUUGUAGCAAUUGAUCAUGAAGGAAAUGCCGUUUCGGCGACUAGCUCAAUUAAUCAAUUAUUGGGCUCGAAGAGAAUGUCUCCAACCUUGGGCAUAAUUUGGAAUGACUCAAUGGAUGAUUUCAGCUCACCAAAUUUAACCAAUGCCUUUGGCUUUUCGCCAUCGCCUGAGAAUUUUAUAUUACCCAAAAAAAGGCCAAUGUCUUCUAUGAGCCCCACAGUAAUUUACAACAAAAAUAGCGGAAAGGUUAAAAUGGCAAUUGGUGCUUCGGGAGGGUCUAGGAUCAUAUCAGCAAUUGCACAGACUGUGAUUCGCGCGCUUCUCUUUAAUCAGACAGUAAAAGAUUCAGUUGAUGCACCUCGUUUUCAUAAUCAGUUUAUACCUCAUGUUACAGAAUUUGAAAAGACUGUACCUCAACAAAUCAUAAAGCAUUUGGUGAAAACACGGCAUCAAAAUAUGACCUCAAUAGAAAAACAAGCUAGUGUUGUACAAGCUCUAAUUUUAAUGGACGAUGGAUUCAUUCACGGGAACAGUGAUUUUCGACGUAAGACUGCUACUUACCCUGCUGGAUAUUGA